CCGCCAUCUUUACUCCAACCAGCGCAGCGCUGCCGGCGAGGGGCGGUACAGCACUCAUCGACCCGGUUGGACUGUAGAAAUCGCUAAAGAUCCGACACAGUACCUUGGUGUUCACUGAAUUCCUGCAACUGUCAUUUGUCUGCUACUCUGCUUCUCGGUACACAAUGUCAGAGCGAGAAGACCUAGUGUUCCAGGCAAAACUUGCCGAGCAGGCAGAGCGAUAUGACGAAAUGGUGGUUUCGAUGAAGAAUGUGGCGAGCUUGAAUGUGGAUCUCUCAGUGGAAGAGAGAAACCUACUGUCUGUUGCCUACAAGAAUGUGAUUGGUGCUCGGAGAGCUUCCUGGAGGAUAAUCAGCAGUCUUGAACACAGGGAAGACAACAAGGGAGAUGAGAAAUUACAGAUGAUCAAGGAUUACAGGACAGAGGUUGAGAAGGAGCUGAAGACAAUCUGUAAAGACAUUCUGGACACACUGGAUACACACCUCCUCCCAUCUGCCACCGCUGAAGAGUCUAAGGUCUUCUACAACAAAAUGAAGGGUGACUACCACAGGUACCUGGCAGAAUUUGCCACGGGCAACGACAGGAAGGAGGCAGCAGAGAACAGCCUGGUGGCCUACAAAAUUGCUACCGACCUCGCCAUGUCAGCGCUAGCUCCCACACAUCCCAUUCGUCUCGGCCUUGCCCUCAAUUUUUCCGUUUUCUACUACGAGAUCCUCAACUCGCCUGAUCGUGCAUGCAGGCUGGCAAAGGCUGCAUUUGAUGAUGCAAUUGCAGAAUUGGAUUCACUGAGUGAAUCAAGCUACAAGGACUCUACACUUAUCAUGCAGUUGUUACGUGAUAACCUGACACUAUGGACUUCAGACAUGCAGGGAGACGCUGAAGAACAGAAUAAAGAGGUACUGCAAGACGUCGAUGACGAGGCCCAGUGAGACCCUGCCACUAACAACCAUCAACUUGAGAAACCACCGCCCCCACGUUCACCCUCCCUUUACCACCUCACACUCCUACAAUGUCUCCUUCCUCUUCCAUGAGUCACCUUUCUCCUGUCCCCUCCUCCCUUCCUCUUCCUUGCCUGUGCUGCUCCAUGACCCAGCUGGGCCACGGGGCAUGCAGGUAAAUUGUUUUUCCCCUCUCCUUCUUAUUUUUUAUAUUAGCCCUUCCACCAUACAAGUAAUACCACUCAAGUGAGACAGGAAAUACAAUGUUAGAAAGACAAAGAUAAUGAAAGACUCCCUGGUUUUCUCUUCAUUUAUUAUUUUUUUUCCUUUGGUCCUGGUACAAGCAGAUCCUGAGUUAUCUUUGUUUUCACCAUUAUGGGUUUUUUUUUUCCUUUUUCCACUAAUUUCAUCAGUUGCUGGAUGUAUUGAGAUCUUUUUUUUUUCUUAAUGUAAUUACAGAAAUUAACUUUUAUUACUGAUAAUGUUGACUUAGAAAUGGGAGCUAUUUUAUCUCUGUUUUUAGUGAAAUGUCAAAUCCUGAUUUCUUUUUUUAUGGGCAAUUUGAAAUAAACGACAAGUGCCCUUUUUGUUAACUUAGGUUUUUAGGGGAAGCUGGCAAAAUUCUUGAUAUCCAUGUGGAGCAAAGAAGUCCUGAAAUUUUACACCAUAGUGGUUCUGUCGUCACGUUCACGUUCGUCAUCUCUGUGCUGAAAUACUGUAACCGUGUCACAUGCUGAAUUUCUCUUUGGAGGUUGACUCCUGGUCAGCUGGUGGUUUAAGUUUUUUGGGGGAAUUAAAAACAUAUAUCUUGGGAGAUCUGUCACUCUUGUUAAAGAAAAGUCUCAAAUUUAGCCCUGCUCCUCGGCGCUAGCCCAAAAUUUACCGUUGUUGUUGCUGUGCUCGUCGAAGUUAAAAACACAUCUCAACUAACAUCCUGAGAUCUUCUUUCUCUAUGCUGUUGCCUGAGUUCCUUUUGUUUUGCUUCAUUAUGUGUAACUUGGAGCUGAUUUGUACUACUGGAUAUCUGACUGGAGCCACAGACAGGGAAUCUGAAUUGUUCUUACUGAAACACAGCAUGGAAUUAACAUUAAACAAUCUAAAUUAAAUAUCACACAC